AUGGACCCUAGAAAGCAAGGUGCUCUUAAUGGGAUUGAGAAUUCUGUCUAUAGAACAGCCUUCAAAUUACGAUCCAUGCAAACUCUUUGCCAAUUGGACUUGAUGGACAGCUCUUUGAUUCAGCAAGUUCUAUCGUGUGGACAGCUUGGGGAGAGCAUGGAGACCUCUCUUUCUGUGCAGCAGCUUUUUGGGGAGCUCCAGGAGCUGUUUCAGAGAACUGGGAUGGGCAAACCAGCACAAGUGCAUCCACGAGCUCCCGACCUCACUCUGAGUCUUCUCAUGGCCAUGUAUGACAGCACGGGAUCAGGUAGUCUCAGAAUUCAGCCUGUGGCUGCGGCACUGGUUGCCCUCUCAGGGGACAGUCCUCUCACAAAGUACAGAGCUUUUUUUCAGCUCUAUGCAGAAAACAACAGGAGAGGCGGCGACUCCCGAGCCCGCAUGACUCGGAGGGCUUUGAGAGCCUUCCUAACAGAUCUACAGCGGAUUCCUGCUGUUGUGGGAGAGAGCUGUGCUUUGUGCCCUGUGGAGCGUGCUGUCCACAGCUGCUUCCGAGGGGUGUUGAGCUCUGGAAUCAAGGAGGAGAAAUUCUUGUCUUGGCUACAGUCAGAGCCUCUUAUACUUCUGUGGCUCCCAACCUGCUACCGACUGUCAGCCUCAGAAAUGCUCACUCACCCCGUGCGGUGCAGCACGUGCAAAACCUUCCCAAUCGUAGGACUGAGAUACCGCUGUCUGAAGUGUCUCAACUUUGACAUCUGCCAGCAGUGUUUCUUAUCUGGUCUCCACAACAAAACCCACCAGAAGCCCCACACUGUGAUAGAGCAGCGUGUCCAGAUGUCAGCAAAGGAGAACACAAAGCUCCUCCUCCAGAGCCUCAGAAACAACCUGCCCCAGAGACCCGACAGGACAAGAGCCUUGGGAAGACAGUGGCUGCUGGACCAGCUGUCUCCAGGGGAUGCGGCUAGGCUCCUCAGAAAACAGUUAAAUAGAUACAAACUCAAAUUGCAAGGUGCAUGCACCUUACAAAAAGAACAGAAUCGAAGAUUUGAAACUAAGAUUCAGGAGCUCGCGACCAACCAGGAUAACCUGUGGACCAAACUACAGCAGAUAAGACAAGACCUACAGGCUAUGUUGCGACCACUCCGUCCUUCAUCUUCAUCUCAAAACACAGCAUCCAAGAUGGAUCAUUCUUUACCCAGGGAUGGGCUAUGGGUAGGAGGAGACUAUCCCCACAUUGAGAGUACCAGUAGGUGUGGUCUGGAACAGGAACUUCUCCCUAAUUCUGCCAAUGCUGACAGAAACCGCAAAUGUCAAGCAAGUUCAGGGAGAGCUCUGCCAGACACUGAAUCCCCAGAGAUCAUUUUGCAGAGCACCAGGACACAAGGCCGCCCACAAAGGAUGCUAAGGGAAGUCUAUAAUGCCCUCUCUGAUUGCCAAGAGGGACUGCAGGACAAUCCCCAGAUUCCUCCCUCUGAAGUGAGCGGUCCUGCUCUGGAACCUUCAGAAGGGAAAGAGACAGACCACACCAGUGAAAGAGGGAAUGAUCAGGAAGAAGAGGAACUACAAACACUGUUGCCCAGACUCCUGGAUGCCUUUGACCCAGACACGCCACCAGGUCCACAUCCUGCAUUGGACAUGGAACUGUAUGGCAGAGCUGAGCAGGUGUGCAGGACGUUCUCUGCCCUUGUGGAUCAAAUCACCUUACCCAGCUUGGAGUGAAAAGGAAUUCAGACUGAAAGGCUUGGUGUGAUGAUAAAACUUUUAUUCAAAAUCUGAAUUUAAAAGAAUUAAGUCUUUAGCUUCUCUCUAAAUAGUUGAACUUGUUUGGGUUAUUAUCUUUAACCUCAUUAUUCAUGUAUCUUAGUUCUUCAAUGUAGAGUUAAACUUUGGGGGUGCAGAAGAGCAAAGGAGGGGGAAGAGACCACACACACAGCAGCAGAUCAAACCCAGGUAGCUGAUUUCUAUCAGAUUAUUAUGCUAUAUAUCUCGGUAAUAAUACUCAAUUGUGUGAUCUACAUGAAUGCAAAAAAAAACCUGUGCCAUUUGUAUGGCUCAACUGUCUAUCUGAUGUUUCUGUUAAACAACAGGUUCAGCAAAGACCUGAACACAAGACAACACACACACAUACACACAGAGACACAUACAUGCUUGAGUGCAUAUAAAACUGAUGAAAUCUAUUUAAAAUCUGGAUUGUGCCAUUGUCGAUUUUCUAGUUGGGAUGUUGUAGUACAAUUAUGAAGUGUUCAUAGUGGGAGAAAUUGAACAAAGGAGACAUAUAUGUCUCUGGGCCAUUCCUCAUAAUCAUAUACAAAUCAACAAGAAGUUUAAAUUUUUUAAAAAACAAAUGUUUCUUUCUAAAAAUAUCCAAGUCUGAUGGGUUUUAUCAAAGUGCUCAAAUGAGUGCUUUCCCCUUAAUUUGAAUUAUUAUUGAAAGCACAGAGAAGUCAAACUUCCCAGUCGUUCAGCCAGCACUUCAUGUCGGAUUUGAACCCUGUGCCUGAC